AUGAGUACCGAUCUUGUAUAUUGUCCUUUAUGCCCACGAAAAGCAUUUAAGAAUCAACAAGGCUAUCACAAGCAUCAAAAAGAUAUUCAUACUUCUAAAAUUAACAACAAAAAUUCUAAAGAUGAAUUAGUUAAUAACUCUUUAGAUGAAUUCAAGAAUAUAUUAAUCUAUACUAUUCAAAAACAAUUAAAAAAUAACAUAAAGAAUAUAGAAUUACAAUCUGUAAAAUUUCCAUAUUUGAAAAGUCAAUUUGUUGGAAUUUUUGGUAACUAUCUUACAAGAUAUUCUUCAAGUCAAAAGUGGUAUCAGUGUAUAUUUAAGGAAGAGAAUGCAAUAGAACUUGUUAGUCAAAUACUAGGAAGAACAAAUUGGAGUAUACGAAGUUACUUAUAUGGACAACAAACGAACAUUAUCCUUAUUUCAUCAGAUAGUACUAUUAAUAAAAUAAAAAAGGAUAAACAUAAAAAACAAAAACAAAUUGAGCUAUAUAUAGAAUGGAAACAAUGUAUAAUUAAAGAUGCUACAAAUCAAAUAUCUAUAAUAGGAUAUAUUACAAUGCAUUUUUUUAUAGAACAAAUUUAUUUUGGUUAA